AUGUUUCAGAUGUUACGAUAUAUAUGCUCCCAACAACACGAUUUCGGUAAACUGUGGAUAAAGUUGCCACCCCAGCUGCAUCGCAUUUCCCACGACGACGGCCAGCUACUGGACGGUGCCCAUAAAGGAUACUACUGUCCGAACGGUUGCGGCCGAAAAUACAAGUACAAAGGUAACCUGUCGCAGCACUUGAAGAACGAAUGCGGAAAAGAGAAACAAUUCGAAUGCGAAGUUUGCAACAAAAGGUUCACGCACAAGAGUACGGUCAAAAAGCACGCCUACCUGUUGCACAACAAAAUAAUCGAAUGUAGCGAUAUUAAACGAGUUCCUAAUGUGAACGUGUGA